CUCGAGAUCGUCGAGCUCGAAUGCGCGUCUCCUCCACCACGAUCCUCAAUACCGACACACAAAGCCCUCUCGACCGGUCACGACCGUCACAGCCGAGUCGCAUACAUUACGCGACCGUUCCGACGCGCUCCUUCUAAAUCAGCAGACGCGAUAGUGACAACAGCGCACGCGUGCGCACUGCAGCUACGAGAACAGACGGAAUAAAGUCAUUCGCAGCAAUGGCUGAUACUGAGGGAGAAGUCAUCAUCGAGGAUGAGACCGCGGUCGAUGAGGAGAUGGGUGAGAAUGUGGAGACCGUAGUGGACGAAUCUGCACCGGCUGGUCUCGAAGACAUUGAGCCGACGCUCCCAAAUCGCACCACUUUCCUAGACUACUUGCGAUCCCCGAUAGUCGAGCUGGUCGUUGGAUCCGCUGAGAACACUAGCACGCUCUACGCACAUCAAGGAGUCCUCAUCAGCUCUCCCUUCUUCCAGGAAGCUUGCGCGCAAUUCUCUGAAAAUGCUGGCCGCCGACGCAUUGAGCUUCUGCAAGAUGACGAAGCCGCGACGGCUUCCGUGCUGGAGUAUCUGUACAAGAGCGACUACUUCCCAGCACUGCAAGGACAAACCAACCUUGAAUACGACUCCACAGUGCCAUCCCCAGAUCACGAUGGUGUUGGCCUUCUGCGUCAUGCCAGAGUCUACACACUCGCGCAGAAGUUUGGUCUACCUCAACUUGCAGCGCUCGCGCACAAGAAGAUCCACCUCACGCAAUCUACUGCAAAGGGCGAAAUUGCUUACGCUCGGUUCGUGUACAAGGAGACCAGCCCCGACGACGAGAGCAUCAGGAAGCCCGUCGCGGCAUUCUGGGCUACCAGAAGCCACGUCUUACGCCACGAAGCCGAGCACGAGUUCAAGAGGAUGUGUUUGGAGUUCCCGCAAUUCGGUUUCGAUGUGCUCAGCUUGGUGCUCGAUGCACAGGAGAAGAGAAGUCAGAGACAAGAAUCUGGUGGCGGACCUGCUGGCCGGAAACGACAAAGGACGAUUCUAUAAGCAUCGGGAGAAUGUGUACAACUUUGUUUCUAACAGUGGACAAUAUGGCUAUUGUACUUUAUCUUGGCAUGGAUGUACACCGGAUACAGAUGUUUCGAGAUCGCAAUGAUCCAGCUCAUUCGCAGGCAGAAGUUGUACCACUGACGUGUACAGGUCGCUAGUCCAUCCGCGCGUCUGUCUUAUUAGAUCUUCCAAGCUCACGGACCUGGGUGUCGGCUGAAACGAUGACAACACAACAUCUCCAGGUCCCAGCCCUCCCCUGUCUAAGCUCAACCCUGACGAAGGCAGACAAGAAAGUCUGAUCAUCCUGUGUACCAAUAUAACACCUGCCCGCUUCUGCGAUCAGAGCAAUUCAGUAAUCCACCGCCCGUCUCUUCCGGUCAUCCAGCUUCUUACUAUUUAUUUCGAGCAUGUUUACAGC